AUGGAGUAUGUUUACUUCCCAUUGGAAAAGGCACUCUUGGAGAAUUUCCAGUCUUAUCCAGACAGUGUUAAAGACUCUGUUGAUACUUUAGAGAUAAGUUUGAACAUUGAUGGCAUUCCUUUGUUCAAAAGUUCACAAAGUAGUUUAUGGCCAGUUCUCUGUGGUAUUAUGAACCUUACCCCAGUUAGAAUAUUCCCAAUUGCUUUAACGUAUGGCAAGUCAAAACCUAAGAAUUUAGAUUUUCUUCAUGACACUGUGAGAGAUCUGAAUAUGGUGUUAAAGCAAGGCUUAAGUUGCGGUUCAAAGGUUCUUAAAGUUUCUCUCAGGUGUGUUGUCUGUGAUGCACCUGCAAAAGCAUUUGUUAAAGUAGUCUAGGACCUGUAUAUGAGUUUGUAUGCAUUUCAUUUAGGACAGAUAACCUCAAAUGUUUUGGGCAAGUUGACCAUGACGGUCAGCAUGGUAACGCUGCCCGAACCCCAAUCCGGGGCGAAACGUCCGAAACUGACCACACCCAAAAACGACGCUUUCGCCAUACUGCUUAAGUUUUAAGGUUUUGAGUUGAAGGUUUUCAAAGGAAAACCUAUUUUUGAAUGAACUGUACAUAAAUUAUAUAUUUUCUGUAGGUCUUAAACAGUUUUUAUACCAUUUUCCCCAGCUAAUUCCAGUUUUUUUUCUAAUGGACCGUAUCACUAAUCAAGUUUUCAGUUCAUAAAAUCACAAUGUUACAGCUAGAUGUUGAUAUAUAGCCAGUAUAGCUAACCAAUCAGAAUGCAGUAUUGGCUAAACCCACUUCAUUUCAUAAUUAAUAGAAUUUUUUUUUUUGAAUGUUAUAGAACGUUGCCGGGAUUCUAUAAAAGGAUGAUAUUUGAUAGAUCAUUUGGUAGAUCAAGUAAUUUUUAA